UGCAGAUCCUCCUAGCGUGGGAACGUCGGGUGCCGCCGGCAGCCGCUCCUGGCUAAGCUGAUUAGUGUAUGAUGGACGUGGCGAGUUGGAAGGAGAUGGAGGUGGCACUAGUCAGCUUUGACAACACGGAUCAGAUCGUGGAGGAUCCCUCUUACUCCAACGAGCUCAGCCCCGCGGGGCAGUCCCGGAAGGGCCAUCCCAGCUGCGCCAACCUCCUCUCCAACCUCAGGAUCCUCAUCAACAGCGAGAACGCCAACAAUGAGACCAUCUUCUCCAGGUUCUCCACAGAGUUCAGUGACCACCUGGUGGGGGAGAGGGUGGGCAUGGAUGAGGGAGACCAACGGGUCAUCAUCAACAUCGCUGGGCUGAGGUUUGAGACGAGGCUCAAGACCCUUGACCAGUUCCCCGAGACGUUGCUUGGGGACCCUGAGAAGAGGAUGAGAUACUUUGACUCCAUGAGGAAUGAGUAUUUCUUUGACAGGAACAGGCCCAGUUUUGAUGGGAUCCUGUACUACUACCAGUCUGGGGGGAAGAUCCGACGUCCUGCUAACGUCCCCAUCGACGUCUUCGCUGAUGAGAUCACCUUCUACGAGUUGGGGGAUGAAGCCAUGGACCAGUUCAGGGAGGAUGAAGGGUUCAUCAAGGAUCCUGAGACCCUCUUGCCAACCAAUGACUUUCACAGGCAGUUCUGGCUGCUCUUUGAGUACCCUGAAAGCUCCAGUGCAGCCAGGGGAGUUGCUUUGGUCUCUGUCCUGGUCAUUGUCAUCUCCAUCAUCAUCUUCUGCAUGGAGACCUUGCCAGAAUUCCGUGAGGAAAGGGAGUUUAAGUCCACCCAGGAGCUCUCUAAGAACAUGACAGACACCUUGGUGGCCCACAGCACCUUCACAGACCCUUUCUUCGUCAUAGAGACUGCCUGCAUCGUCUGGUUCUCCUUCGAGCUCUUCGUGCGCUUCGUCGUGUGCCCCAGCAAGACUGAGUUCUUCAGGAACAUCAUGAACAUCAUUGACAUCGUCUCCAUCAUCCCCUACUUCGUGACCCUCACCACUGAGCUCAUUCAGCAGAGUGAACUCAACGGGCAGCAGAACAUGUCCUUGGCCAUCCUGAGGAUCAUCCGCCUCGUCAGGGUCUUCAGGAUCUUCAAGCUCUCCAGGCACUCCAAGGGGCUGCAGAUCUUGGGGCAGACCCUCAAGGCUAGCAUGAGGGAGCUGGGUUUGCUCAUCUUCUUCCUCUUCAUUGGGGUCAUCCUCUUCUCCAGUGCUGUCUACUUUGCUGAGGUGGAUGAGCCUCAAUCCCAUUUCUCCAGCAUUCCUGAUGGUUUCUGGUGGGCUGUGGUCACCAUGACCACCGUGGGCUAUGGAGAUAUGUGUCCCACCACCCUGGGGGGGAAGAUUGUGGGGACUCUUUGUGCCAUUGCAGGAGUGUUGACCAUAGCUCUGCCUGUCCCUGUCAUUGUCUCCAACUUCAACUACUUCUACCACAGGGAGACAGAGAAUGAGGAGAAGCAAAUCCUUCCUGGGGAGGUGGAGAAGCUCUUGGCCAGUGUGGUCACAGGCAAUGGCAGCAUGGAGUCCCUCAAUAAGACCAAUGGGGGUUACCCUCGAGACAAGGCCAAAAAAUGAGGGUUGAGGCCAUAGCAGGACUGGGCAGUGUGGUGGGAAUGGCUGGAGAAGGAAUCCAAGCUCUGCAUGCUCUGAUGAUUUCUUUUUUUAAACCAAAUAUGCUGCUGCUUUAUUCUCUUUUUUUUUUUUUUUCUAUUCUUUUAGGUCUUUUUUUUUUUCAAUCUCUGAUCUCCUGUGGCUGUUCAAAUAAAUAUCAUCUUUCUUACCUCUC